AUGGGAGGCACAAGGAUUCUCCUGUUACUGCCACUCCUGCUGGCUGGGGUGGAGGCAGGGGUAGCCUGGAGACCCCCAAAGGGAAAGUGUCCUCAACGCUGUUCCUGCUCCAAGGACAGUGCUCUGUGUGAGGGCUCUCCAGAGCUACCUGAGAGUUUCUCCCCAUCGCUGCUGUCACUCUCACUGGUCAGGACAGGAGUUCCCCAGCUGAAGGCUGGCAGCUUCUUGAGGAUGCCAUCACUGUACCUGCUCCUCUUCACAUCCAACUCCUUCUCUGUGAUUGAGGACGAUGCGUUCGCUGGCCUCUCACACUUGCAGUACCUCUUCAUUGAGGACAACGAGAUCGGCUCCAUCUCUAAGAAUGCUCUCAGAGGACUUCGCUCCCUCACACACCUAAGCCUGGCCAAUAACCACCUGGAGUCCCUCCCCAGAUUCCUGUUCCGA